GCAGCUCUCUCCUCACACACACCCCUCGCAGCACCACAGCAAGCAGCCAUGUCGCACGCACAGGAGCACAACGUCGAGGCGCAGCAGCCCGAGAAGGUCUACUCGGGCGGCGCACCCACGUCGCGCGCCGUCACGCCCGGCGGCCACCCCGUCGACACCAGCCAGCCCGCGUUCCCCGUGUACCACCGCAAGAUUGCCAACCCCGCGCCGCUCGGCCUCUUCGCCUUCGCCACGACCACGUACUGCCUGAGCCUGCACAACGUCGGCGCGCGCGGCGUCAGCGAGCCCAACUUCGUCGUCGGCCUCGCCUUCUUCUACGGCGGCGGCGCCCAGGCCAUCGCCGGCAUCUUCGAGUUCAUCGUCGGCAACACGUUCGGCGCCACGGCCUUCCUCAGCUACGGCGCCUUCUGGAUGGCAUACGGCGCUUUCUUCGUCCCCAGCUUCGGCAUCGCAGAGGCCUACGCGGCUGACGAGGCUAUGCUCACCAACGGUCUUGUGCUCUGGCUCUCGGCAUGGGGCAUCGUGACGUUCCUGCUGCUCAUCGCCUCGCUGCGCUCCUCGCUCGCCCUCGUCUCGGUCUUUUUCUUCCUCGACAUCACGUUCUGGCUCCUCGUCGCCGCCGACGCCACGGGCAACGAGACGGUCCUCACCGCCGCCGGCAGCUUCGGCCUCAUCACGGCUGCCUGCGCAUGGUACACCGGCACGGCCAGUCUGCUCAGCCCCGACGCUGCGUACUUCACGCUCCCGACCGGCGACCUGUCGCGCAAGGACUAAGCGUCUCGGCUCACACGAAAUCGGCUCUUCGCACCGGCCCGCGCCCGUCUCUUUCCAG